AUGGAGGUGAGCGAGGAGGAGAUGAACCACUUGAUCGAGUACUACGACGGCGGGUUCGGCGGCGGCCACCACCCGCACCACCACCACUUGCACCACCAUCAACACCAUCACGCCGGCGGCGGUGGUGAACACCACCACCUGCAGUCGGCCUCGUCCCUCGAAGACGACUCGCCCAUCGCCGGCGACCACCACCAUCACCACCUGCAGCCGGCGCCGCCGUCCGAGGGUCCGUCGGCGCGGCGCGAUCUGUCGUUCUACGACGACUCGCCGCCGUCGUCGCUGCGCGCGCACCACCACAGCCACAACCACCGCAAGCAAAAGUACAAGCGCUCGCUCGAGCGGUUCAUCGGCAAGGGCGCCGGCAACCGCACGCCCGACAAGGCCGACAGCUGGGACGGCGCCAGCGGAAUGGAGGGCGACGACCAUCAUCACAAUCAUCAUCAGCAGCAGCAGCAACAACAGCAGCAGCAGGAGGCGAUGGCGGAGGAUGCGGGGCUGAUUGGCGGCGGCGUGCGGCAGCUGGUGGCCGACGCGGAAAAGCGAAAGAAGAAGCGCGAAGAGAAGGAACGCGAACGCGAACGCGAAAGAGAGAAGGAGAAGGAAAAGAAGGAGAACCGCGAGCGCGAAAGAGAGAAGGAGAAGGAGAAGAAGGAGGAAAGAGGGAAAGAGAAGGAAAAAGAGAAGGAGAAGGAGAGGGAGAGGGACUUGGCCAGGACCAAGGAGAAGCGGGUGAAGCGGAGCACGUCGGCCUUUGGGCUGUUCGGCACCGGCGGGUCGAGCGUGCGACGCAAAGCGCGAAAGGAGGAGCGCGAGCGCGAGAAGGAGCGCGACGAGGCCGGCGUAGACGACAAGUCGCGCGGGCGGAGCGCGAAAGAACGAAAAGAGGAAAAGAAAGAAGAACGAAGAGAGGAAAAGAGAGAAGAGCGAGAGAAGGAAAGAGAGAAGAAGGAGGAGCGCGAGAAGGAGCGCGGGCGAAAGAAGUAUGGGUCGCUCCCGGCCAAGGCCAGCGUCGCCGAACUGAAGCAACAGCAGCCUAGCGACCACCACAAGCCCGGCAAGGCCGCCCAGGCUCCUGCGGUGGUGACUGCCGAAGAAGACUCGGCCGUCACGGCCGGCUCGGCGCCGCCCAAGGGCUUCGGGGCGGCCAUACGGGCCAUCGUGUCGGGCGAGCGGCUCGAGUCGCCGCCGUCGGCCACCACCACCACGAAGCCCAGCAAGGAGGCCGUGCCGGCCGACACCGAGGCCAAGCCGCCCAAGGCGGGCAAGAGCUCGUCGCGGCGAGCCAUCGCCAACUCCCACAAAACCAGUGGCACGGAGAGUGACAGCAGCGCGGCGGCAGCGCGGAAGGAGAGCAAGGAGCGGAAGCGAGCCCGCACGCUCGAUUCCGGGUCGGCCGCCACGGCCUGCGCGCCAGCUGGGCUCGCCGCCGCGGCCCGCUGCGACACGUCCCUCGUUCCGCCCUCGCCUCGCUCCCUGCCCUCGUCGUCGCCCCUCUCCGGGCCGCCGGCCUACUCAUCCUCCUCCUCGCUCUCCUCGUCGCCUUUGCCCUCGCCCACCACCGCGCACCAUGCCACGUCAUCAUCAUCGUCGUCAUCGUCGUCGACGUCGACGCUGACGUCAGCAUCGACAGGCUCGCUGGUCGCGCUGCCGUCGGUCUCGGUGUCGUUCCUGUCGUCAGGCCACUCGCGAUCGGAGCCGGCGCUGCCGGCCACGGCCUCGACGUCGCCGCCGACGUCGCCCCCGCGCAUGCUGCGCUCGGCCAUCACCCCGCGCUCCUCGCCCACGAGUGGCAACGUCGCUGCUGAGGUCUCAUCGUCGACAUCAUCAUCGUCGGCGCCGUCAUCGCCGGCCAUGAUCAUCGCCGCGCCGUCGUUCCUCUCGUCGCUCACCACCCGCACGCCGCCAUCGCCCCGCAAAAUCCCCUUCCUGCCCUCGCCUCGCGGCCGACGUCGCGCCGACACCAAGGAAAAGGACAAGGACAAGGAAAAAGAGACCAAGAUCAGCAGCACCCGCAGCGCCGAGCUCGGCGAGCCGCGCGUGGCGCCGAUGAUGAGCCACACGUCGUCGGAGCGGCUUCUGAUGCGACAGCAGCUCCAGCAGCACCACCACAAGGGUGCGGCGCGGGACGCGAUGUCGGAUGGCUCGGGCUCCAGCGAGCUGCUUCUGCCGACCGUGAUCGCCGGCGGCGAGAUCGGCAGCGGAGGCGCCUAUCCGACCUUCACGCCGGCCACGUCAUUGCUGUCGACGCCGUCGUCGUUGUCGUCUGAGGCGUCAAUGUCGACGUCGACGUCGGCGGGACCGGCAGCCGUGUGCCACGUGCGCGACGUUCUGGCCCGCGGCACGGCCGGGCUGCCGCCGCCGCCGCCGCCGCAGCCAGCAGCGGUGGUGAUUGUUGAGCACACCUCGCACCGCGAGCGCCAGCAGCGCAAGGAGAACAAGCGCAUGAUCAAGAAGCUCGAACAAAAGCUCGAGCAGCGCAAGGAGAACAACAGCAACAGCAAAAAGAAAGCGAAGACGAAGGCGAAAGAGAAAGCGAAGACGAAGAAGCACGAACACAAGAAGGGCGACGACUACGACAAACGCCGGCGACGGCGCAAGCGACAUCAGCGUGACAAGGAGGAAGACGGAGAAGAAAACGAAAACGAAGACGACGACAAUAGCGAAGCGGAGACCAGCGACAGCGGCGUGCCCAACUUUGACUCGACGUCGUCGAUCUCGUCGGAGCUGGGCAGCUCGGACUUGUCGUCCGAUGCCAGCGGGACCACGACCAGCACCACCACGACCAGCACGGCAGAGGACAGCGCCAGCGGGCGGAGCCGGAGCGGGAGCAGCAGCUGCAACAGCCGGCGGAGCGAGAGCAGCGCAACGAGCAGCAGUCGCUCGCGCAGCGCGAGCCGGACCGAACGCAGCUCGAGCCUGAGCGCUGGCGGCGCUGGCGAGACGAGCAGCGAGCUCGGGCCGCCACACGACGAAAGAGAAGACAAAGCGACGAGAAAAGAACGAAGACGACGAACGCGACGCGACAGCAGUCGCAGCCGGAGCGGCAGCCGACGAGGGGCGACGAGCAGCAGCAAGUCGGCGUCUGCGCGUAAGCGGAAGCCGAAGGGCCGCAAGCGCCGCGGCGCACGGUCGUCGUCGACGGGCUCGUCGUCGUCAUCGGCUGCGGCGUCGGCGUCGGCCUCGCGCCAUGGGUCGUCGAGCAGCAGCGAGUCCGACGACGACACGAGUGCCACGGAGGGCUCAUCGUCGGACAGCGCCACGUCAUCAUUGGCCAGCGAGGCCUCUACGUCGCCUGCCACGUCAUCCGACGGCGAGGAGGAGGAGGGCCUCGAGGUCUACCAGAUCCCGUCGCACGUCAAGGAGGAGAUCAUCCGCAUCAACGUCGGCGGCUACCGCUACACCACCACCAAGGGCACGCUGAUGGGGCUCAACCUGCCGCGGCAUCGUGCGGCCGUCGACAAUUACUUCACGUCAAUCCUGUCGGGCAAGUUCCGCACCGUGCGGGACGACUCGGGCGCGUUCUUCAUCGACCGCGACGGCCAGUACUUUGCGCCGAUCCUCACAUUCCUGCGCACGGGCGUGUCCAGCGUGCCCCAGGGCACGUCGAUCGACGCGGUCAUCCGCGAGGCCGAGUUCUACUGCAUCCAGCCGCUCGUCGACGAGCUGCGGCGCAAGCAGGAGGACAUGCGCCUCAGCCGCACCGACAUGACCAAGGCCGAGUUCUUCCACUGCCUCACCAUGGCCCGCAUCAAAGGAUUUAUGUUGUCGAUGUCAGGCAUGAAGAUGCGCGGAAUGGACUUUUCGCACAUGCAGCUCCUCAACGUGCACUUUUCGAUGUGCGAUUUGGAGGAGCUGGGCUUCCAGAUGGAGAACGUCAACACCAUGUUCUACUCGCGCCACAUCGUGCGGCUCGUCAAGGAGAAGGAGGACCCCGUGCUCCUGGAAGAGGAGGAGAAGCCUGCUGGUGGCCAACCCCUUUAG